AUGGGUGACCCAUUCUCUAUCGCGACCGGCGUCGCUGGUCUCAUUUCACUUGGAAUUACUGUUUGCGACGGUCUUCACACCUACUUCAGCGCUAUCAAAGACAGAAAAGAGGAUCUCGCAAUUGUCGCACAGAACGUAGCCUUAUUCAAAUUCCAUGUUUUCGCUGUCCAGUCGAGUGCAUCAAAGCUUGGCCAUCGUCAUUCCCCAGCCAUCGAUGGCUUACAAUUGAGUUUAAUCAAUUGCGAAAUGCAGCUUCAAUGUCUCCAGAAGUUGCUCAACGAGUUAAUGCCGACUGAAGAUCCAUCAUUGUUCAAGGAGAUUUGGAGAAGACAGAAACUAAUUGCGCGAUAUCCCUUUGAUCGCAAGAAGCUGGUGCAGUUCGAAGAGUACCUUACACGGGCAAACACCACGCUCAGUAGCUUCAUCCAAGCCCUCAAUCUGUGA